CGUUGACCCAAUGUUGUUUUGAAAAAUAUUUUAACUUCAAAUAAGUUCUAAGAACGGCCAUCUAAUGAUUUGGACGUCUGCAUUGUGGUUUAUGUUUGCUGUUUUGGCGUCUUCAAAAUCUGUCAGUGAAUUUGAUUUGGAUGACUGGCCAUAUGUUAUUAAAGAUCAUGUGGGUAUUAAGCUUCAGUCACCAGUGGAUAUAAAUACAACAUACGCAAGGAGGCGAUAUUUGCCAUUUUUACGUUAUUUUGGUUAUUGGGCAUUUAACAGGGCAACAGUGGAAAUUUCUAAUACUGGACAUACAGUUAAUGUUAAACUUGCCAAUAAUUCUUAUGAGGUGCCAUUCAUCACCGGGGGUCCACUAUUUGAUAGUAGGUAUGAAUUCUCACAGAUGCAUUUUCAUUGGGGUAAAAAUGAUAUGGGAAGUGAACACAAAGUCAAUGGACACAAAUAUGCUAUGGAAGUUCAUAUUGUACAUUAUAAAAAAGAGUACGGAAGUUUUGAAAACGCUCUAAGUUACAGUGAUGGCGUUUGUGUCGUCGGAUUUUUCGGAGAGGUAUCAUCAAAAGACAAUCAAGAUAUGGCUAAUUUUAUUGCAGAUUUAAAAUAUAUAGUCCAACCAAAAUCGUCGAUAGUUAGAAGUUUUAAAGAAGAGUUUUCUUGGAUAAAGAAAACAGCUUUAAAACAACAUUAUUACACAUAUCAUGGAUCUCUAACAACUGAACCGUACACAGAAUGUGUAAUCUGGAUAAUUUUUACCAAGCCCAUUAAAAUAUCUAGGAGACAGUUAAUGGAAUUCAGAGAGUUACAUUCAAGUCAUCACGGAGUAUUAAUAAAUGAAAAUGACAGAGAUCUUCAACCAUUUAAUAAUAGAACAAUCCUUUAUGCAUAUUAAACUUGUAAAAUGUUAUUAAAUUAACAUCAUCAUUAUUAUUUCUAUUGAUUAAUUAUAUUUUUAUCAAUGUUAUUCAAGCCCGAAUUAAAAUAUUUAAAGAUCCGGGGGCCAAAGUUUUCAAAAGGCCUUAAAAAAAAAAAUUAAUUUUAUUUUAUUAUUAUAUAUUAUAUAGUUAAACUAAUAAAUUAUGAUUUUAAUAAAAAACAACUUCCUA